AUUUUUUUUUGUAAAAUCCACUACCUAAUGGCGAAUGCAAAUGAAAUCUUUGGACCUAUUGCACUUUGGCAUAUAAAGUUCCAUGGGAUUUCGUGAACUUUAUUGUGAAUUUGUGAGAUGUGCAAUUCGCACGAAAUUAAGCUACGUGCUCGAAUCCGAUCAGGCCACAGCUGCACUAACCCACAGUCACACAAUGCCGGCUAUUGAGCACAAAUUGAACAUCACCGAGGAGGAAAUUCCAGAGAACAUACGACUUAUAGCGCAAAAUCAGGGAGAAUGUCCAAAGACGAAACAAGAGACUAUUGAAGAAUUUCGCAAUUAUAUUUUGGAGCAAAAGAAGUGCCAACCACAUCGGAACGAUGAUAAAUAUUUGGAAAAGUUCCUGCGCGCCCGAUACUGGAAGAUUGAUAACAGCUACAAGUUGCUCUGUAGCUAUUAUAAAUUCCGUGAAGAGAAUAAAAAGUACUACGAGAAGGUCCGUCCCCUUGAUCUUAGACAUGUCGGCGAUGAGGAUAUAUUGACAGUGACGCCAUAUCGUGAUCAGCAUGGACAUCGUAUACUUAUCUAUCGCUUUGGAAUCUGGAGACCGAAUCGUGUUACCGUGGAUGAUAUCUUUAGAGCAACAAUCGUGCUGCAGGAACUCGGCUCAUUGGAGCCAAUCUCACAAAUAGUGGGUGGAGUGGGCAUAUUUGACCUUAAGGAUUUAGGUUUGGAGCAUUUGUUGCAUCUGAGUCCCAGUGUGGCCCAAAAGAUGAUUGCUCUAUUGGUGACUUCCAUGCCUAUUCGCACUGCUGCUCUGCAUAUUGUCAAUCAGAACUGGGUUUUUAAUGCCGCCUUUAAGAUUUUUAAACCCUUUCUCAAUGCCUCCAUGCGGGAGAGACUUUAUAUACAUGGUAGUGAUAUGAGCUCCCUGCACAAACAUAUCAACCCCGAGAAUCUACCCAAAAGAUAUGGUGGCCUGCACGAUGAUUACUCCUAUACGCUUUGGUUGGAUAUGUUGCAGCAUCAGUGUGCGGAUAGUGGAGUUCAAAAAGAUAUGGAACAGCUGGGUUUUAUUUUUGACUAAAAUGUAAUCCCUCUCUCUCUCUCUCUCUCUCUCUCUCUCUCUGUCUGUAGUUUAUAAUCUAAUGAAGUUCUCUUUAAUUUUACACACUACUUAGCAGGGGAAUUGCCAAUUACUUAUAAUACAAAUAUUUAAUUUCUCAGCUACUUUUAACAGUGAUAUUCAGCCAAAAGAUCUUAUUAUUUACAGUACAUUUUUAAUAAAAUUAGCGUACGCUCUUGUAGUAUGGUUCCACUGAGCAAAUAUAGUAUAUGUACAUCAUUUCACAGAAUGUCACAGUUAGUAGUUAGAUUCUAUAUAACGAAAUUCUCCAGUGUUAUAAAAAUUAAUAAUAAAUAAAAUUAAAUAUCUUAAUC